AAACCUUAGUCAUAAGCACUUUUGACUCAAAAUACAGAAUCGCUAUCUGCCUUCGACAUUUUCUGUAUUUGAUUUGAUGCUGAAAUUCGUCUCCCACAGUUCCCUGGUUCGUGCCCAGGUCAAGGGUUUUCUUCUCCUAUUCACCACAACAUCAUCAUCUACACUUUCUUCUUCUUCUUUCAAUUCCAAUUUCAAUUUCCGCUUCAGUUCCGCUUCAACCACCUCUCACUCUUUCACCGUCUCUUACCUCAUCAACAAUUACGGUCUCUCCCCUCAAACCGCACUCAAUGUUUCUCGCAAGCUCACUCUCUCCGAUACCCAAAAACCGGAUUCAGUUAUCGCCCUCUUCACAACCCAUGGCUUCUCCAACACUCAAAUUCGUAAUAUCAUCAAAAGGGAACCUUGCUUACUCUUAUGCCUCGACCCCAACAAGAUACUUUUACCAAAGUUUCAAUUUUUACUCUCCAAAGGUGCUUCUACUUCUGAUAUUGUUCGCAUUGUAAAUGCUAACCCUAAAUUCCUAUUAAGAAGUUUGCACAAUCAUAUUAUCCCUACUUAUGAUUUUAUUAGAGGGUUUCUUCAAUCUGAUAAACAAGCCAUCACAUGUAUUAAUCGUUAUGCUUCUUUUAUUUCUGAUUCUCGUGUCGAAACUAAUGUCAAAUUAUUGCUUGAUAAUGGAGCCACACACUCAAAUAUUGCUACAUUGUUGCGUAGUUCUCCUAGGAUAUAUUGUUCAUCCAAUCUGUUGGAGACUAUUCAGGAAUUGAAGCAACUAGGUUUCAAUUCUUCAACUUCAACUUUUUCUAUUGCAUUGGUUGCUAAGAGAACUGUGAAUGACACUAGGUGGGCUGAGAAAGUUGAAAUUUUUAAGAAAUGGGGUUGGUCUGAUGAAGACAUUCUUCAAGCAUUUAGGAGGCAACCAUACUGUAUGUUGUCAUCGGCUCAAAAAAUCGAUGCAGUUUUGAGCGCUUGGGUUGAUCAGUUAGGUUUGAAUUCUUUGGAUCUUGUUAAUGCUCCAGGAAUCUUUCUAUUGAGACUCGAGAAGCGGGUUAUUCCAAGGGCUGCAGUUUUGCAGUUCCUUGUAUCUAAAGGUUUGAGAAGAAGGGACGCCUCACUAAGUGCACCGUUUGCUGUGACAGAGAAGUUGUUUCUGGACAAAUUUGUGAAAUGUUUUAAGGAGGAUUCUCCUCAUUUGUUGAAGUUGUAUCAGGAAAAAAUGAAUCUUGCAAAUAGCAUGGAGAAGAAGCCUUCAUGAAGUGUGUAACUUCUCAAUCAUGCCUCUGCUGUAAGUUUAUGAAAUGUUCUACCGAUGAAAAAGUAAGACUUGCAGUUGCAGAUAACAAAGAUGACACUUAUUAUUGUGGUAAAACCACCUGAUUGUGUAACUUAUUAAUCAAAUUUUGUUGGCUCAA